CCUAAAGUGUGCACGGAGGUCCAGUUAAUCGAAUUAAGGGUACAUCUAUAUCUCGAAUCAGAUCGACUAGUAGCCAUUGACUGUGUGACAAAAAUCUCCUGGGACGUUGCUUCACCUAGUCUGUUCAAGCCGUUUCGGGAAAUCUUGGCACCAUCACGAUAUAUUCUUCGAAUUCGUCUUGAGAUUUUUCUGGUCUCCGCCGAGGCCUCCAGUUUCAAGUAAAACGAACAUUCCUGUCUACAUCUUCGAUUUGAAUCUAUUGCUCCCUAGACACAAUGCCUUCUCAUACACACACCGCCAUCUUGGCUCUGGCACUAUCGAGUGCUUCGCUAUUUGCCUCCCCGGUUGGAGCUCACCCUGUUGAGUUACAGGCCAGGGCUCCCGCAACUGAAGAGCAGUCUGUUGGGCUUUUGGCUCUUGGAGGCGGUUGUUCUCAAAAGAGAGAUGUUGGAGCCACUGAUCAGGUUGCCGGCGGAGGCUGUGAUGAUGACGACGAUGGCUCCGGCAGUUCUGAUGGUAACAAUGGCUCUGGAAGCAACGGCUCUGGAAGCAACAACGGUUCUGGAAGCAAUAAUGGUUCCGGCAGCAACAGCAACGGUUCUGGAAGCAACAACGGCUCCGGGGGCAGCAAUGGCUCUGGAGGCAGUGGAAGCAGCGGCAGCAACAACAACGAUAGCAAGAGUUCUUCUUCAUCAUCAUCUUCUUCUUCGAAAGGUAAGGAGCCCAACGAAAUCGAUACCGACAGCAGCAGCGGCGACAACAAUGGAAGCACCAACACCGGCAGCGGCUCCAGCAUCUAUGUCAGCGAAACAAGCAGCAACAACAACAGCUCCACUACAAACAAAGACGAUGACAAGGAUGAUGACAAAAAUAAAGAUGGUGAUAGCAAAAGUUCGGACCCUGUGAGCUCGUUGCUCUCGAGUGUUUCGGGCUUGCUGGGUGGGCUUCUCGGACGCUAGGUGAUGCUUAAUGGUUGAGUGUUAUGUGGAUUGUUGCCGAAGAGUAAGUGGUGGUGGUAAUACUAAUAUAAGGCGAGAGUGAUAGAUGUUGUUGGUACCUGAUUUUGAUUUCGUUGCUAGUUACUGGCUUGGUUCUUUGAUUCGUUUAGAGUUAAGAGGUUCUGCUUAUUUACUCAUUACUUACUUAC